AAGCCCAUCGUCAUAGUAUGAGGUUUCUCCGCCGUUAUGAUUGGACACCGUUUAGGCGUGCCGCUGGAGCGUGAUAGCGGCCCUGCUCGCAGCGUUCGACACGCCAUUCGACUUGGAAGCUUGCAGCUGCGCAAUGGCUCGGGGAUGCACCAGUGGAGCGCCGCUGCUAUUAUUGCUUGUUAUUUUCCCACACCUUGAUGCCAGUCAAGCAGUGGACCAGGGACUUUCUGACAUUCUUAAUGAGUUGUGGAAGUUGGAUAAAAACCGGCUGAAAUCUGGAACGGACUAUACCAUUUCUCUGCAGGGGAGAGCCGGCUAUGUCAGUCAGGGCAGUAACGUGGCCAGGGAUUACGCCUCUGCCCCCUUGUUCUCCUACGUUAAUGAGGCGAAACUCAAGAAAAUCAAGACCUUCUCCUAUCUCAUGAAUCUUUUGGACAACUAUGAACCAUCCACUGGUGUGGCGGAGAAGGUCACUGCAGAGGAGAUCGCAGAGAACAAUCUCUUCCUGAAUGCCGUGUUAGAGACAGAUGUCAUGAAGCGAACUCACCGGUACCUGGUCAGCAAGGGUCACUCGCAGUCAGACCUGAGUCAGUUCCGGAACCAACUAUAUAACAUCUGGUUUCACCUGUACCACCGAGACAGGCGGGGAAGCGAGGACUCGUGCGGGUUCGAGCACGUCUUCGUCGGUGAGACUAAGUCCGGGACUGAGCUCAUGGGCCUACACAACUGGGUCCAGUUCUACUUGCUGGAGAAGCAGGGUCUUGUGGACUACAAGGGCUACAAAUCGAGAGACAGAGACACGCCAAACAAAGACGACCACAUCUUGAACAUACAGUUCAGCUGGAACGGCCUGGUCAAGCCGGUGGGCAGUGCCUUCGUCGGCGUCAGCCCCGAAUUCGAAGUAGCCGCCUUCACCAUUCUCUUCCUGGCCUCUACCGAGAAGACAACCAGAGCUGUGGUGAACAUGGACAAGUACCAGGUGGAGCUGGUGGUGAGCCGGCAUGGCCGCUACAUCGGGACCGCCUACCCCCACCUCCUGAGCACCCGGCGUCCGUAGAGACAGGUGCCUGCACGCUGUACCUGAUUGGAUGGCGUUUAGAAAGGUCGCCAAAGGGUUAACCUCCUACUUUCUUUUUUGUUUAUUAUGAAAUUUUUAUAGCAGUUCUUGUAAUCACAAGCUAGGAAAGCUGGGGGGGGGGUUAAUAUACCACUGUUUUUAUUAUAUAUGGAAACCGGAUUUUACUUAUGAACUUUUAUUUUUUCCAGAGUAGUUUUAAUCAAAUUUGGAAAAAAAACAUCUCUAUCUGGUAGUUUUAAUGUCUCUUUUUAAAUAUCUAUACUGUUACUAGUGCAUUGUACUAGUAUUAGCAGUGGUUUGCUUAAUAAAAGAUUUUUUACAGUA